CCGUUGUUUCCAUCCAUGUUUCCAUGUUUCCAGUUUCCAAUCCUCACACCAUCCCAUUUCGUCCCAUCACCCCCGCCCUUGCAUGGCCGUCCUCCACCGCCCCUGCGGCGUCCAAUUAACCACUCCAAAUCACCAAUUCUACCUCGCCGCCAAUUCUUCACCUCUUCUUUACCGCCCACCGCAACACUACACUCGCCUUCUACCAGGCCGCCUCCUCACCUGGCCUCUAUCCCUACUAGCCCGCCGUCAUCAGGCCAGCCCUGGAUCCGAGACUAACCCCCAUUACCGUGGCCGUCCGUGAAUCAAAGAAACGUCCACACAUUUUGUCCAUGACCCCUGAUCUGCAACGCAGUCAGCGGGGAGCUGAGAAUCG